UACGUGGUCUUCCUGGAGCUAUUCCUGCAGACAGCAGAGAAGUACUUCAUGGUGGGGCACAGGGUCACUUACUACGUCUUCAACGACCAGCUGGUUGCUGUGUCCCGUGGGCCACUCUGGGAGGGCCGGAGGGUGGUGGUCGUCGAGGUCCGCGGCGUCCUGCUAUGGCAGGAUGUGUCCAUGUGGCACAUAGCGAUGAUCAGCUGCUUCUGCGAGCAGCGCUUCCUCUGUGACGUGGAAGACCUGGUGUGCGUGGACGUGGAUGUGGGAAUGAAGUUCUGGGACCACGUGGGCAUGGAGAUCCUGCCUCCCCUCUUUGGCACCCCACAUCUCGGUUUCUACUGGGCAGCCCAUGAGGACUUUAGCUACGAGCGCUGGCCACAGUCCCAGACCCACAUCCCCAGGGACCAGGGCAACUUUUACUACAUGGGGGCCUUUUUUGGGGAAUUGGUUGUAGAGUUUCCCCGACUGACCUCAGCCUGUCACCAGGCGAUGGUGGUCAACUGGGCCAAUGGGAUUGAGGCCAUGUGGCCCGAUAAGAGCCACCUGAACUGGUACCUGCUGGACCACAGGCCCACCAAGGUACUGUCCCCGGAGGACCUGUGGGGUCCACGGCUGCUGGGCUGGUCCCCCAUCAUUCCCCGGGUCAUGAAGAAGCUGAGAUUUGUGGCUGUGCCCAAGAAACACCAGGACAUCUGGAACCCACGCAGGGCUGCCCCCGUCUCCAUCAGGGG